AUGUCUCCUUACCGCCUUGUUUAUGGAAGGGCUUGUCAUCUCCCGGUUGAAUUGGAGCAUAAAGCUUAUUGGGCCAUCAAACAAUUGAACUUCCAUAUGGAUGAGUGCGGUGAGAAGAGGAAGCUUGAACUGUGUGAGUUGGAAGAGCUCCGAAUGGAUGCUUAUGAAAAUGCCAAGAUUUACAAGGAAAAGACCAAGGCCUUUCAUGACCAACGAAUCAAGAAAAAACACUUUGAAGUAGGGCAACAAGCAUUGGUUUACAAUUCAGGAAUGAAGUUGUUUCCCGGAAAGUUAAGGUCUAGAUGGCAUGGUCCUUAUACCAUUGUUGAAGUUUUUCCUCAUGGAGCCAUUACAUUGUUAAAUAAGAGAAAUGGUUCAACUUUCAAAAUCAACGGCCAUAGAGUCAAGCCUUACUUCGACGGUGCACCUAAGUACACAAUUGAGGAAGUUGGUCACUUUGAAGACAUUUCAUCUAUAUGA